AUGGCUGAUAAUUUGGGAAAUGGUGCGAAUAAUGGUCAAGGGGCUGCUGAGGUUCCAAGGGAGCAAGGAGCACGAACACUGAGAGGUAUAGUGCAUUCAUGCAUUAUACCUCCAACCAUUGCUGCCAACAACUUUGAGAUUAAACCAGCCAUCCUUCAGAUGGUUCAAACAACUGUUCAGUUUGGAGAGGAGAUGGUGAUGAACAAUUAUCAAUGGCCAAAUGAAAGGGGGCAGCCAAAGAAGGUGGCUAGAAUGAUGGAAGUGGAUGCCAUAACCAUGCUUACAGCUCAAGUAGCAGCCUUGACAAAGCAAUUACAAAAGACUACACUCCCUUCUCAGGCUAUGCAAGUUAAAAACUUAUGUGAAGUGUGUGGUACAUCCCAUCAACCAAACCAAUGCCCUGUUAUAGACAUGAAUAACAUGCCCAUGGAAGAAGUCCAAGCCAUAGGAAAUUACCAAAGACAGCCUAAUAAUCCUAAUUCCAUGACUUACAACCCAGCUUGGAAGAACCAUCCAAAUUUUUCCUGGUCUAACAACCAAAACACCCUCCAACCUUAUCCUCAACCUCAGCCACCAUAUCAACCUACCCAAAAUAGGCCACCUUAUCCACAACAAUAUGCACACCAAAAUCCUCCACCAGGCUAUUAUCAACCACAAAAUAGACCACCACCUCAAAUGCCAAUGAAACCAGCUGAAACCCAACCUGAUGUGCUUAACCAAUUCAUUACUGAAACUAGGGCAUCCAUAAGAAGGCCAAAGAAGAGUCAGUCUGAAGGAGAAGAGGAAAAGUUGGAUGAUAAAAAUGUUAUUGAAGACCUUAAGGAAGAGGAGGAGACCCCACCUGUAACUAUUGAGCAUAAUGUGAGAGUUCCAUAUCCACAAAGACUUCGCAAGCAUAAUUUGGAUAAGCAGUUUGCAAAGCUUUUAGAGGUGUUCAAGAAGCUACAUAUCAAUAUACCAUUUGCGGAGGCAUUAGAACAGAUGCCUAGUUAUGUAAAGUUUAUGAAGGAGAUUCUCUCGAAUAAGAGAAAAAUGGGUGAUUACGAAACAGUGGCAUUAACAGAAGAAUGUAGUGCGAUUCUGCAAAGAAAGCUUCCUCAAAAGUUAAGAGAUCCUGGGAGUUUUACCAUUCCAUGCACUAUUGGGGAGUUUGAAUGUAAGCAUGCACUUUGUGAUUUGGGGGCGAGUAUUAAUUUAAUGCCUUUGUCUGUAUUCCGGAGACUUGGUUUGGGGGAAGCUAGGCCAACUACAGUAACAUUACAGCUGGCUGAUAGAUCUGUGAAGCAUCCUUGUGCUGAGCCGUGGAAACAUAAGAAAUUUGAAGAGUUGGGUGCAGGACCAGACAGACCAUUACCAUCGAUUCAGAAGCCACCUGUUUUAGAGUUGAAGGUUUUACCAGACCACCUUCGUUAUGCUUAUCUUGGGGAAAAAGAGACUCUUCCAGUUAUAGUCUCAUCAGUUCUUUCGGAGGUGGAGGAGGAGAAAUUGUUGAGGGUGUUACGAGCUCAUAAAACUGCUAUAGGGUGA